CUAAAAUGUGAACCCGGUGACAACUCUGAACACUGCAAAAAUAGCGCGAACAUUUUGUCUUUACGGCGGAAAACAAGAGAGAAUUUUGUGAAAAUAUGAGCAGUCGAAAGAACAGAGGUACAGAAAAUAUGGAAAAUCUGUGCCCUGUCACCAGAAAACGCUCGACCAGUAAGAACCCCGCAUCGGCCGUGGGCGCACUAGUUUCCGCCACGAAGUCGUCCCACUACGAGCACCCUUCAUCGCCCUCUGCACUAACAUUUGAGGCCCUGGAGGAAAUGGGCAUCGGAAUGCUGGACUCCGAGGAGAGCAGUUCCUCAGCCCUCUCAGCCAUGGCGUUGGCAGUCAGUGCCAGUGCCACCAGCGACGACAACUCCAACGAGACAACUCCAUACGCAAAUGUGCCGCGCAUGGCACACCAGCUCCAGCAUACUCAGCGCCUGAGCCUGGGAUCCACGGCGGACACCACACAGGACAGUAUUACUGUAGAGGAUGCACUAUCCCUGACCCGCCAGUCGGCCGAAAAGCUGCAGACCCUGGUCCAAGCAAAGCGCUCGACGUUGGUUUCUGACUGCGGCAGUAACUCGAAUUCGCCCAGCAAGCGCUUGCGAAACCCCCUAGCUGCAGUCACCUGCAACAACCAGAGUGAGGCGGCGGCACCGCUCAACUUUCAACCCUCCACCAGCAGAUUGGCACAAGUUCGACAGGCAAAGAAGCCUUUGACAGCACAGAUCACUUCACGUCUUAUGCCCUCGGACAGCUUCUUUGUGUACCGAACCCCUGCCAUGAGCGCCCACAUCAACAGCGGGAUAAACUACUUCGAAAGGCUCUCCGACGAAAUACUCUUGGACAUUUUCAAGUGGCUUCCGAAGAAGACGCUACUUCGAAUGGCCACCGUUUGUCGGCGCUUUAACCGCUGUUCCCGUGAUGAGACCUUGUGGACAAGGUUGGAUCUGGGUCUGCGGACUAUUCGCCCUGGCGCCCUCGAGCAAAUUGUGCGGCGAGGAGUCCUGGUAUUACGCCUGGCCCAGGCUAGUAUCCAGGAGCCAGCUUUCACACCAUCAUCGGCAGGCUUAAGGGUGCGACUGCAAUAUCUUGACUUGAGCAUGGCCUCUAUUAACCGAAGUUCACUUCUCACACUAUUGUCCCACUGCCGCCAACUAAAAAAAAUAAGCUUAGAAAACACUGAGCUCGAUGAUAGCAUCUGCACGGAAAUCGCCAAAAAUAAAGCUUUGGAGGCAGUUAAUCUGACCAUGACCAGCGGUUUAACAGCCAACAGUGUGCGCCUGCUGAUGGAGUCUCUGACCAAUCUAAGCAGCUUAAACAUAUCGUGGACUGAUCUAAGUGCAGAUGCUGUAACGGCGUUGGUCACACACAUCUCCCCCAAUGUUAUUCGGCUUAAUAUCGCUGGCUGCCGACGUGUUUUGUUUGACUCUCAUGUAGCAUCGCUACAAAAACGAUGCCCUCAGCUGUUGGAACUCGAUCUAUCGGACUGUAAUAGCCUAACCCCAGCAGCCAUUACAGCAAUUAUGAAGUUUAAGAUGCUGGAGUAUUUGUCCGUUUCCCGUUGUUAUCUCAUUCCGGCUACAAGAUUUAUUGAACUAAAGGCUAUGGCCUCUCUGACUUAUUUGGACAUAUUUGGGAUGCUGUCGGACGCUGCAAUGGAAGUCCUUGAGAAACAAAUGCCCAAAAUGGGCAUCAACAAGUUCAUUCACAGUUCGGUUUCACGCCCGACUGUGGGCACACGUCGCACAUCGAUUUGGGGGCUUCGCACACGCGACUAAAUCCUGUUUCUGCUCCUACCGGUAUCAUAAGAAUCUGUUUUACUGCGUAUACCACCCCUAACGCAAGUUUUUUAUUUUCAAUUUAACAACAUCAAUAAUCACAUUUUGCUGUUCUAUUUUCCUGCUA